AUGGAUAUGCACCAUAUGAAUAUGAAGGUGGGCUUUAACAACGAGUACCACCUUGAAGGCCAUGCUGUCUCCUGCGGUUCUUCAGCUGGUAGCUUCUCCUCUGCGUCGACUUCAAGUUCCCUGCCCGAGCCGUUCACACCAACUUCCGGUCGAUCCACCCCUGGAAUUCGCUCUCUAUCGAUGGACCACGAUGCUGUUGCUUAUCCAACUCCUGGUGGUUUCGACUUGACUCCGCCAUCGUCCGCGUUUGGUGGUUAUUUCCCCCCAGAUGCGAAGGCGGAUAUGCACAGAUACAUGCACUACCACAGUGCUUCGCCCAGUCCUAGUAGGAAGUCUAGUAUGCAGUCGCAGUCUAUUGAUUUUGAAUACGCUCCGAUUCUCCCUGCCUCGUACGCUUCACUUCCAGGUCAAGAUCACGGUAUUGAACACGCCAAUUCUCAAUCUAUGGGACAUUACUCUUUCGGGGAAUAUGCGACACCACCACACUUUCCUGUGUCCACGAACACCUAUCAUCUGGAUAAUUCUACAUGUGAUGCGUCCUCGAUGUGGGCAUGGAGUGGACAUAGUCCGGUGUCAUUCUUUGGAAGAGGCCACCCUUCAGCGUCUCCUUCGCCCUCUCAGUCUCUCUCUAUACGAGAACGAAACGCCUUGACACCGUCGUAUCUCGCCAGUCACGGAAAAAGGCGAGUCGGUGUGCAUAAGGUACAACAAAAGACUUCAGCACUACAAAAGGCGCAGGACCGCCACGGCCUUAGGAUAGAAAGAAUCGCGGCCGCCACUUACAAGUGUGAUUAUCCAAACUGUACGAAGGGACCGUUUAAGAGGCAGGAGCAUCUUAAGAGGCACAAAGACACUAAACAUGCCGAGAACAUGGAACUUAUUCUAACAUCCUGUCGGUUCUGUGACAAGCCAUUCAACCGCAAGGAUAACUACCGGCAACACCUGAAGCUACACACGCUGAAGAAUCGGACAACCCGCCGUACUGACUACUUCCCCGAAGCUCAAGCUCUGCUAGACGAGGAGGUGAACAAGACCAAGCAACGCGGCCAGCUGAAGAAGAAGGACGCAACUUUCAAAAAUGAGGACCACUGAGUUAGGAAUUGAUACCCACGAAUACGAGUUUGGUUUCUAUAUAUCUUAGGUCCAGAAUCCUUUGGCAACGAGGCAGCAAGAUUGACGAGCCAGCUUUUAGGUCAAAUGCAAGGCUUGUCAGAAUAACCCGGAAAAGGUGUACGGCGUCAACACAUGGGGACUAAUAUUUCUCUUUUUGUUCUGCAUUAUCAGGGGCGUUAGGGGAAGAACAGAUGUUCUUGGAAACCAGUUCUUGUAUAUUGUCUAGUUUCUUUUGCUCUAUGUCGCUAGAGCACAACACUACGGAUUUGGCUUUUUGCUUCAGUAUCAAAACGGUUGGCCUACGGGCUAUAACUUUGUACACUAUUGGUUAUUGGUACUCCAUAGGGCGAGUUUGUGGGAAAAGCUAGCGUAGUAUAUGUAUUUCAUUUGGAGCUCGGAUCAUUCUCCCCAGCCUUUCAUCUCCAGAAUUCUACGAUCAUAUUAGGAAUAGAGUCACUGAUAGAAAUAUUCCGACAGGCAUUAUUUGGUCAAAAAUAAGAACCAAGCAAAUUUCCUACCCCACAAAGAUUCAUACAUUACAGGUAGACUGGUGAAUGUGUCCCGCUCCAAAUCGUGUAGGCUAGGUAGAUAUGGCAUGUCCGAUGUAUACGGCCGAGACAGUUAGCAGCUGCCUUCAAAAUAAGCUCAAA